GCUUUAGCCGGAGGCCUCAGUGGCGCCCGGGCGCCGCACCGCACCGCAGCCAUGGCCCUGGUGACCCUGCAGCGCUCGCCCACGCCCAGCGCCGCCUCCUCCUCCGCCAGCAACAGCGAGUUGGAGGCCGGCAGUGAUGAAGAUCGCAAGUUAAACCACAGCUUAAGUGAGAGCUUUUUCAUGGUGAAAGGAGCAGCCCUCUUCCUACAGCAGGGAAGCAGCCCUCAAGGCCAGCGGAGUCUUCAGCACCCCCACAAGCAUGCAGGGGACCUGCCUCAACAUCUUCAAGUCAUGAUCAACCUUCUGCGUUGUGAAGAUAGAAUCAAGCUGGCUGUGCGCUUGGAGAGUGCCUGGGCGGAGCGGGUCCGCUACAUGGUGGUGGUGGACAGCAGCGGGCGCCAGGACACGGAGGAGAGUAUCCUGCUGGGAGUCGACUUUUCCAGUAAGGAGAGUAAAAGCUGUACCAUCGGGAUGGUUCUCCGACUGUGGAGCGACACAAAAAUCCACCUCGAUGGAGAUGGUGGAUUCAGCGUCAGCACCGCUGGGAGGAUGCACGUCUUCAAGCCUGUGUCUGUCCAGGCUAUGUGGUCUGCCCUGCAGGUCUUGCACAAGGCUUGCGAGGUCGCGCGGCGGCACAACUACUUCCCAGGGGGCGUGGCGCUGCUCUGGGCCUCCUACUACGAGAGCUGCAUCGGCUCCGAGCAGAGCUGCAUCAACGAGUGGAACGCCAUGCAGGACCUCGAGUCCACGCGGCCCGACUCCCCCGCCCUGUUCGCAGACAAGCCUACCGAAGGGGAGAGGACGGAGCGUCUCAUCAAAGCCAAACUCCGGAGCAUCAUGAUGAGUCAAGACCUGGAGAAUGUGACGUCGAAAGAAAUUCGUAAUGAAUUAGAGAAACAGAUGAACUGUAACCUGAAAGAAUUCAAGGAAUUCAUAGACAACGAGAUGCUCCUUAUCUUGGGACAGAUGGACAAGCCCUCUCUCAUCUUCGACCAUCUUUAUCUCGGCUCUGAAUGGAAUGCAUCCAACCUGGAGGAACUGCAGGGCUCAGGUGUUGACUAUAUUUUAAACGUCACUAGAGAAAUAGAUAAUUUUUUCCCUGGCUUAUUUGCGUACCAUAACAUCCGAGUCUAUGAUGAAGAGACCACAGACCUCCUCGCCCACUGGAACGAGGCGUACCAUUUUAUAAACAAAGCAAAGAGGAACCGCUCCAAAUGCCUGGUCCACUGCAAGAUGGGCGUCAGCCGCUCAGCUUCCACGGUCAUAGCCUACGCAAUGAAGGAAUUCGGCUGGACCCUGGAGAAAGCCUACAACUACGUGAAGCAGAAACGCAGCAUCACGCGCCCCAACGCAGGCUUUAUGAGGCAGCUGUCUGAGUAUGAAGGCAUCCUGGACGCCAGCAAACAGCGGCACAACAAACUGUGGCGCCAGCAGGCCGAUGACAGCUGCCUCCAGCAGCCUGUGGAUGACCCCGCGGGGCCUGGGGACUUCCAUCCAGAGACCCUGGACAGCACCGCGGAAGCCCAGCUGCCCUGCUUGGACGCGGCCGCCCCCCUGCCUCAGUUCCCAGGCAGCGGGGCCCUCGGGGGCCCCGCUCUGCCCUGCUGUCUCCGGCGACUCUCAGACCCCCUGCUGCGGGCCCCCGGCGAUGAGAUGGGCGGCCCCGUCCACCUGGAGUAUCUGGAGAGGGACGCUCUGCUGGAGGAAGGUGCUCAGCUGGCAGAGGUGUCCCAGCCAGCCAGACCCCCCCCAGAAGGUCCCGGACUCUGCGAGAGGGAAGUGACGAAGAGACCAGAGCCUGGGAGCCCCCAGGCCCAGGGCAGCUCGUCGCUGCAGGCAGAGGAGAUGGAAGGGGAGGAGGCCCUGGGAGCCGGGAGGUGGGGGCAGCCGGCAGCCCAGCUCGAUAACCUGCUCAACCGGGAAAACCUAAAUAACAACAACAGCAAGAGGAGCUGCCCGGACGACCUGGAGCAUGACGCGAUCUUCGGGAUCCUUAACAAAGUGAAGCCUUCCUACAAAUCCUGCGCCGACUGCAUGUACCCUGCAGCUGGUGGGACCCCCGAGGCCUUCGGGGAGCGAUGCAAGAACCCCAGUGCUCCCGCCAUCUGCACCCAGCCCACGUUCCUGCCCCAACUCACGUCUUCCCCUGUGGCCAGCAGGUCCCGAGCUUUGGAGAAACUGGCCUCUGGCCCAACCGAAACCGCCCCCUUCCUACCACCAAUAGGCUCGAGGAGGCCAGACACCAGUGGCCCAGGGGCUGGGGCUGCCCCGGAGCCCCCAGCCAGCCUUCCGGAACCUUCCAGAGAGACUCACAAAGCCCUACCAAAGUCCCUCGUGAAGAAUUCUCACUGUGAUAAGAACCCUCCUGGCUCGGAAGCAGCGAAGGAAGACUUGUCACCCAAGAAAGAUCCGAAGCCGGCCAAGGACCUGCGGCUGCUGUUCAGUAAAGAGGCCGAGAAGCCCACGAGCAACAGCUACUUGGUGCAGCACCAGGAGUCCAUCAUCCAGCUGCAGAAGGCGGGCCUGGUCCGCAAGCACACCAGAGAGCUGGAGAGGCUGAAGGGCACACCCACCGAGCCGGCGGCCCCAUGCCGGGACGGCCCGGCCGCCAUCCCUGAGGAGAACCAGGACUCGCCUCUGCCCGGCCGAGCCCCAGGCCCUGAGAAGCCCGAGCCCGGCCCUCCUCUGCUCGAGGGAGCCCCACUGAAGAGCCCCCCACCCUUCCUCUGCCGCCCAGACCACGCCAGUCACUUCUCCAGAGACUUCCUGAAGACCAUCUGCUACACUCCCACCUCGUCCUCCAUGAGCUCCAACCUGACGCGGAGUUCGAGCAGUGACAGCAUCCACAGCGUCCGCGGGAAGCCGGGGCUGGUGAAGCAGCGCACGCAGGAGAUUGAGACCCGGCUCCGGCUGGCAGGCCUCACCGUCUCGUCCCCGCUCAAGCGCUCCCACUCCCUGGCCAAGCUCGGCAGCCUCAACCUCUCGACCGAGGACCUGUGCAGCGAGGCCGACGUGUCCACCGCGGCUGACUCCCAGGACACCAGGUUGAGCGAGUCUUCCCUCUUGUGCGAGCCCCCAGUGGUCGCCAGGAGUUCGGCCGCAACCUCAAAACCGUCAGGGAAAUCUGCCCCGGAAAACUUGAAAAGCCCUUCGUGGCUGGGCAAAAGCUGACCCACCUCUGGCUGCGUUUGGACUUGUGCCAUCCCCCACUUAGCCUCCCUGUGGAUUUCUGGUCCACCCCUGCCAUCUGGAUGUCCCUUAAGCAACUGGCGUUAUCCUCGCUUUUCCUCCCCUUCUCUUUGAAGAGGGGAGAAAAGGCAACAAAAUUGCCGAACAUACAGCACAAGAAGAGAGAGGGCAGCGUGGGUGUUUGUGGCCUGGGAGAGCCAGCAGUUGUCAGCCAGUAGACUCUGACCCCUAAGCGAAUGUUUCCAAGAAGACUCAUGUUUUAAGGAGAGCAUUUAUACGGAGAUGCGGAGAUGCGCAGGCAUCAAAAUACCCCUCCACGCACAACCUGCAAACGAAUAGCCGUGGUGUGGCGUCGGCACCACAGGGGCUUGUGUUCGCUCAUGCAGGCCCUCAUGGGGAGACCCAUGGAUGGCACUAGAAUUCCUACCUCUGAUCCUGCUGUGCGCGUUUUUUAUUUUUAAAAAUCCAGUAAUGACCAAGGCUUGUUCCAGGGGAAAAUGCUGUGUCAGAAAAGGUUUUUUUUUUUCCUGAAGAGAACUUUUCUGUUGUUGCUGUCAGGACCCACGCCCCCUUCCCCCAAAAGUGUCAAGACUUUUAAAGUUGCCCGCACCAAACACCGCUACUUAAAGCGACAGGAAGGCAGAGACGCUGUCGUUGGACCGACUCCGGGGCGCGUGGAGGUCCUCUGAGCUUUGACUUCCCGGUGCUGGCGUGUUGUCACAGCUGAGUGAUGCGGGUCUGGCCAGCCCUGAUGGAGGCAGUGGGCAAUCUGUGUGUGGUCCUCGUUGUCCCCCUCCCAAUCUGGGGAGAAGGACCCACAAAGUUAUCGUUGAGUCUCACCUGCUGCAGAAGCCCACACGGUCCUACGAGGAUUUCAAAGGCGCUCUAGCAUCUGGCAGGGCUGGGGAGGGGUUUCAGAGACAUGGGUCACCCCACCGGAGCCCCGGCACUCAGGUUCAUUAGGUCACACGUACUCAAGUCUGGGGAGGAAAGGGAGAGGUCAGCAGUGAGAGACGCUCAGUUACUCGAGGAGCAGCUCGGCAGCAGCUUCUCUGAGAAGCGGGACUGGUGGGAAGCUGCUCAGAUGUUUACAAGUCACCCCUUCCUGUGGUGAGAACGCUGCUUCCUGCUUCUCCACGGCUCUUCCCAGCGGGCCGGGAAGGCUUGAGAUCCCGCCCGGCUCCAGGGGUAGCCCCUCUGAGGAUCUUGAGUAGAGGGACUCCUCUGAUGUCAGCAGGCAAGACAGGGUGUUAAAACAUUUUGGAGAGAGAAAAGAGGUUGGUUAGAUUUAAUGCAGGGGUCAGCCAACCAUGGCUGGGGUGUGUCGCCCCAUGAGCUAAGAUGGGUUUUUUUUUGUUGUUGUUUUUCAUAUUUUCAAAGUGUUAGCUAAAAAUUACCAAACAGGCAACAGAGACCAUGUAGCCUGCAAAACUGAAGAUACUUUAUAAUCAGGCCAUUUAUAGAAAACCUUUCCUGAGCCCUGGUUUUACUUGAAAACCCAGGGCUUGCCCCAGGCCCUUGGGGAAGAAACUCUGGGGAGUUAGAAGGCCUCCCUGCCUCUUUUGUCACCUCAGGCCAAACCCUGUCCUCCUCCCGACCCAGUCCUUGCCAGCCCACCCCCAGUGUCUCUCCCCCGGCGGUCAAGGGGCCCCUACUGGCUGAAGCUUCCCCACGGUUGCAGCUUGCCCUCAGAUGGGUCCACCGGAUUAUUUCAGUGAAACUAGACAUCCUUCAAGGGCCAGCCGAAUUCCAGAAGUGGGUAAAUGAGUCUCAUCUUAUGUUGGUCCAAACUGGGCCUCUCAGAGCAACCCAUGCAGAGCUUUCAGAAACAAGACCAGUCCAUGUUUCAGCUUGUGGGUGGAGCUUUUGCAAAAAACCCCCUCUAGAAACUUUCUCCCUGACCUUUUUUUUUUUUUUAAGUAUAUGUUAUUUCACCUUAUAGGAGUUUGUUUCCCCACCGCUGUCAAUUGGAAUCACCUUAGAUGAUCUGCCGGGGCUGAUCAGAAAACCCAGUUGGGUUUCCGCCUCUCUCUCAGCCACCACAAGAGAAUGGUCUCAAAAAAAAAAAGUAUCAGGUUCAGUGUUUUGCCAAAUUGCAGUUCAUGUGGUGGGUCAAUUUUUGUGUCAAAAGAAUCCUGUAGAUUUGAUGAUGACAGGCUUAUGUUGUUUGGUUUUUUGUUUUUUAACCAUGCCUGGGUAUGAUACAUUUUUGAAGACCUUCAUUUUGAAAGCCAUAGUUUUUUUAAUCCAGGUAAAGGAUGGGAGUAGGAUCACAAAGAUGAGGGGGUCUUUGGCUUUUGGCAGAGUUAUCCAUUCACUGUCAGAGGUUAGUCUGUUAACACUGAAACUAGGGCCCAGGUCCCCACCGUCAGAACAAAGCGAAGCCUUCUGAAUAGGAAACAUUCUAGCCUGGAGAAGAGAGUGAAGGCUUUUCUCCCAGAUUAGUGGCAUAGAGACCAAUGUGGAUUGCUGUUUUAAAUGGUACGCUAAUAAGACCAGAGUGUUCUACCAGGCUUGGGGGCGUCUCGACAAAGACAGAUGCAUUAGUGGUAUCUGAAAAGAAAGCUUGCUCCAUAAGCUUCUUGACCAAGCUUUGUCUGUACCUUAGCGCGUGGGGGAAAUUCUGAAUGUGGGCAGCAGAGGUUUAUGCUGUGAAAGUCAUGGAUUUUGGUGACCAGCUGUCUUCAUGGAAUGCCGUUGUUGAACUAGGCAAGAGCAGAAGGUUUCUGAAUCAGCUUGGUACCCCAUAAAUUCAGCUGUUUCCUCUUCCCCCUCCACCUCCCUGCUGUUUUCCCUCUCAUUUGCACGGCAUGCCAGCAGGAGAUUCAACUUGUCUAGGUCUUUCUCUUGCGUUGAUUCACGGAGGUCAUCUCAUUGAGUUUUGUUGAGUCAGAGCGGGGAACUGGUCGCAGAGAGGGGAAGCCAUGCUGCCCUCUGGUUGGCGCGUGACCUUGCCGAUUUCCAUAUCUUUGUCUCGUGGCAGCAUGCAUCACUGCAUGAACGUCUUGAGAACAGGCUUCCUGCCCCCGGUCUCCCCUGCCUCCUUGGUCUCAGUGCAGGCACCCGUGCCAAACUCCAGGCUGCCAUACAGCUCUCUGCUGGGUGGGGGCACCCAUUGCAUCAGGCAGGAGUCUACUCUGUCCAGCCCCCUUGUGCUCCAUCUAUCCCACUCUGUCCCGCUAAGAAAGCAUUCCAGCCCUUUCUAAGCAUUUUCCCUCCUGGAUAAGCCCAGAGGAUGGAUGCCUAGGAUGGAGCCAGAACAGCCAUAGAAUUAACAUCAGGACAACCUUGUAUAUCAGCCCUGCACUCAGGCCCCAUCCCAGGGGGGGGCCCUGCUCCUUAGUGAGAGGAAGUGCUGGCAUCUAGUCGAGAUCACGUGCAGAAUCUCACCCAAGGUGUUGGAAGACCAAUGCACUGUCUGCCACCCGGAAACGCUGCUCUGGCUUGCCAGCCAGCAGGGCUUCCCUGGACCCACGCGGGCAGCGAGUCCCUCUGGGCCCCUCCGGUAGGGGAGCCAGGUGGUGGGAGAUUUGGGACAUCUGGCCAGCAUGGUGCAGGUUCACCUGCUCUUGUCCUGCCCCAGCAUCUUGGCCAGACGAAGGUACUCACGGAUCCCCGUGUUCAGCUAACUUGGUCUUUUUAAUCAUCUGCUCUGGAGAAGGAAAUGGCAACCCACUCCAGUAUUCUUGCCUGGAAAAUCCCAUGGACAGAGGAGCCUGGUAGGCUACAGUCCAUGGGGUCGCAAGGAGUCGGACACAACUGAGGGACUUCACUUUGUUUCUGCAGAUGAAUACCUGUGUGUGUGAGAUCAUGAGAGAUCACACAGAUACAUACAUUUGAGUCUAUACAUCUGUCACUUGAACGAGAGCAUCACGUGCGUUCCCCUCCGCUCAUCCACACACACACCUGUCACCCAAGCUGUGGAGCGGGUCACCUUGAAUGGUCUGGAGCGACACUGUGCAGUGGAUCUGGAUGUGACCGCCUCGUCUUUUUGUCCUGUAGUAGGCCCCCGUGGCCCCAGCAGGUGUUAGUCUCCUAGCGGGACCCUUUAGAGCCAGACCCCCGUCCUCCACUAUCCCUCUGUCAGCCACACCACGCAAGGAGAUGGCCGCUCCCUCCCUCCUCUUCAACACUGUAAUUAUUGUUUUACAAUCGAGUGCCUUAAUAAUAGUUUACAAAUACUGUGUAUUUAUGGGCAGCCGUUCCGCUUUCGCCUUCUGUGAUUGGAUACUUUGCCUUGUCUGCGGUGGUUGGCGCUGGGGCUGGAAUUUGCCUGCCCCAUACUUGGGCUGAUCUGCUGGGCGGCCUGCCCACAGCCAGGCCAGGGGCAUCGCUAGAAACAGCGCUGGCUGGGGGUCCCUAUGAGCGAGGCAGGCGCUGUUUCAGCCGAGGGCCCGUAGUAAGUGAAGAAAAGACAGGAUUGGUAGGCCAGCCAGCUCUGGCCCCUCCGGACCACAGCCCUGCCCCUUCCCUAUACCCUCCCCAUCACACAGCUGUUCUCCUGUUCAGUAGAGUUUUUAUUACCAUCUUGUCCCCCCCACCCCCCACCCCCUGUUUUCCUCUGUUUUGGUGUCCUGAGCUCUUUGCAACAAAAUGCAGGUACAGAUCUUCCACAGUCAGGAGCCCCCCUCCCCACAAGAUAGCCUGCCCUUUGGUUUUCAGAAGCUGCCAGUGGGUGCCAGUGUGUUGCGUUAUGGUAUCAAUGAUUUUUUAUUAUGUGUUGUUUUUCUUCUUGGUUUUUUUAUAUUACAUAUUUAAAAGGCAGUAUCUUUUGUACUGUGAAUUUGCAGUAGAAGAUGCAUAAAGCACUUUUUUUUUUUUUUUACUUCUGUUGGUGUGUACUGUAUAUAGUCUGUGUGCUUCUUGUGAGGAAAAUAAACUUUCUUUAUAAAUGC